AUGGAGCAAAUAAUUAAGCUAAUGUUAUGCAUUAAAUUUUCUGCGUUUAUAAUUUUAGCUUCGAUAUAUCAUUUUAGCAGUGAUAAUCUCGAUAGUAUAUCAGAAGCAAUACAUUAUCGACUACUAGUAAAAUAUAAAAAGGAUAAGGAUUCAAAUAAAGUAGGUUUAACAGAAGAUAUAUCGAAUAGUAUGAAAUGCAAAAAAAUAAAUAUAUGUAAUAAUGAAAAAAUGACCAAAGGUAAAAACAUUUCAUCAAACAGAAAUUUACUAAAUAAGCAGCAAUACUACACGGAAAUUAUGGAUUAUAAUAAUGGAAUGUUUGAUGGAAAACAUUUUCAUUUUCAAAAAAAAUGGAUAAAGAAAAAAGAUUUUGAUGAUUUUGUUGAAAAAAAGAGAAGAAUUUGUGAUAUACAUUUAAAAAAAAUAAAAUUUAGGAAUUAUGGUUUUGGAUUUACUCUAUUUUUUAUUUUUUUAUUCCUGGGAAUAGGAAUACCAAUAUCACCAGGAUUAACAUUUUUAAACGUUACAUGGGAGACAAUUAAAAGUUAUUCGUUAGGGGAAUUUAUCUAUGAUGUUAUAGAUAAUUUGACAAAAUAUGCAGACAAAUAUACUGUAAUAGUAUUCUUUAGCUUUCUCAUGAUUAUAUUAUCUGUUAUACUUAUAAUUGUGAUAUAUAAGAUUUUAAGGAAUAAUGAAAAAUAUAAAAAAAUUAAGGUAAUGUCUGAGUAA